UCUGCCUCGUAGCGGGGGUCUGCCGCUCUAGACUCUGCGAAUAAGCGGAUCGCGAUCAGUGGGUCUCGUACGCUCGCUGCUCGCUACCGGCCGCUCGCGCUCCUGCAUCUACGGUCCGUAUAGCACAGACACUAUACAAACGCGCUCAUACACAUACACACACACACACAUAGUCGCGCGUACAUGAACGCACACUCACGCAUACGCAACACACAGAUGCAGCGCGCUGGCAUACCGAUAGAAGCAAGCGUGUCAUUUUGCUCGGCGAGUCCGCCUCGCCAGAGUGCACAGAAUCGGAGUCGCGCGGCUACUCGUGCCUCGACACUACUCGUUCGUGUUUGGUUUUUUCCCAGUGCCAUGAAGUGACUACUCUUUUUGUGAUAACAGCGGCAUCCUCGCAAAUCGUUCGCGCGUUCUGUGUCGCUCUUGUGUUUAAUAAUCGAUCGUGGAUCGUUUGGUUGAGUGUUUGAAAGCGAGUCAUCGCUGAGCGGAGUCGCCGCAGCUCGAGCAUACAUAUCGAGUCACCGCAGCGAGAGUGUGAAAGAAAAAAGAAGAGAGAGAGAGAGUCAGCUGUUGCCGUUGGAGAAGCCAUGACGGCGACAGCAGCAGCUACGAUGAGCAGCCGUAUUUACACGGACGGUCACGAGAUCGAUGGUAGCUGGGUGCUACGGAUCUACGUGACCGAUCUCAACGUCGAGCGCAGCCUGCGAGUCAAGGGCGAGCUGCACAUCGGCGGCGUCAUGCUCAGGCUCGUCGAAGAUCUAGACAUAGCAAUGGAUUGGUCGGAUCAUGCUCUGUGGUGGCCUGCGCGGAAUCACUGGCUUACCAGGACGCGUAGCACUCUUGAUCAGUACGGCGUAGCAGCCGAUGCUAUUCUUCAUUUCACCCCUAUGCACAAGAUCUUGAGGGUUCAGCUGCCGGAUAUGCGAUACAUUGACUGCAGAGUCGACUUUUCCGUCAAAACGUUCAAUGCUGUUAUAAAUCUUUGCAAGGAGCUCGGUAUUCGACAUCCCGAAGAGUUAUCGUUUUGUAAGCCACUGGAGGCCAAUCACCUGAAAUACAAUUUGAAAGACAUGCCAAUAAAAAAGAAAACGGAAAAUCAUAAAAACGGGCAUCAAGCGGUGGCAGCAGACACAAACACCUUCAUAGCAUCGACACAGAGUCCUCGAGGAUCUAUCAACAGCCUCGAUCGAUCGAGUCCGUUCAUGUGCGGCCCGAUGACGCCGAACAACUAUCGGAAUCACAGCACACCCAUCGGCACUCCAGUAACGCACACGAGCACGUGGAAGCGCAACAACAAAACCGUGGGCUUCGGCAGCACGGGCUCGUUCAAUGCCAACAACAGCACCAUGAGCCUCGAGGCCCUCAACGGCGGACUGAGCGAGCAUCUGCUGCAGUCGCCCAGCAGCGUGCCUCCGGACGUGCGAGCUCGAGUGCUGCGGCCCCGCAGUCUCGUAGAGAAGGCCCGCAUGAACGUCGCCUGGCUCGACUCCUCUCUUUCCAUAAUGGAGCAGGCCAUCCACGAGUACGACACUCUCCGCUUGCGCUUCAAAUUCUACUCGUUUUACGACCUCAACCCCAAGACCGACGGAGUUCGCAUCAACAUGAUCUACGAGCAAGCCAAGUGGCAACUUCUCGCCGAGGAGAUCGACUGCACCGAAGAGGAGAUGCUCAUGUUCGCUGCCUUACAGGUGCAGACUAAUCUACAAUCUAACGUGCCGCAAAGCAGUGUAGACAUGAACGGCACGUCGCAGUCGGCCCUCGAAGAUGACAUCGACGCCGCCCUCACGGAUCUGCAGGUCACUCUCGAAGGCAGCAGCAUCAAUACAGGGCCCUGUGACAUAACGCAGAUACCCGAGCUUUGCGAUUAUCUUCGAUUUUUUAAGCCCAAGCGCUUUACCCUCAAGGCCUUCAAACGCUACUGGUUCACUUGUCGCGACCUCCAGCUGAGACUGUUCAAGGGCCGCGACGAUACCAGCGAGCCCGUGCACGUCAUCAACUUGCGCGGCUGCGAAGUCACACCUGACGUUCAUCUUGCCCAAGGUCGAUAUGGUAUCAGACUCGAAGUGCCAGGCUCCGAUGGUAUGACUGAAAUGUGGAUCAGAUGCGACAAUGAGCAACAAUACGCCAAAUGGAUGGCCGCUUGUCGAUUAGCAUCUAAAGGUCGCAGUCUCGCUGACGCAUCUUACGAAAGCGAGGUAAGCAGUAUCGUUGCCUUCCUCCAACUACAAAGGCCCGCUCCAGCUCCAGCCAUUAAUCCAAAUUCUCUUGGAGAUAUCGUACCAGAAAACUAUGUGGCACCUCGCUUCGUGAAAAAAUUCAAAAAUAAAUUAGUUCAAAGAAUUCUGGAAGCACAUGCCAAUGUAAAAGAUUUGUCUUUGAUUGAAGCCAAAAUGAAUUAUAUAAAGGCAUGGCAAAAUUUACCUGAGUAUGGUAUAUCUUUAUUCAUAGUAAGGUUUAAUGGUAAAAACAAGGAUGAACUUUUGGGAAUUGCAAAUAAUAGAAUUAUGCGCAUGGACAUUCACAGUGGAGAUCACAUUAAAACCUGGAGAUUUAACACAAUGAAGGCUUGGAAUGUCAACUGGGAAGUCAAACAUAUGAUGGUUCAAUUUGAAGAGGAAAAUAUUAUAUUUGAGUGUCAGUCAGCAGAUUGUAAAGUUUUGCACGAAUUUAUUGGCGGUUACAUAUUCUUGUCGAUGCGCUCAAAAGAAGUCAAUCAGACGCUAAAUGAAGAAUUGUUUCAUAAGCUUACUGGUGGCUGGGAUUAAAUCUAUCACUUUAAAACUAGUAAGAAUAGAUUCUUCCAUAAUAUAGGAUUCUAUGACUGGGAUUCGAAUCAAUCAAUAUUUCAUAAAAAGAUGUUUACUUAUACUUAAAUACACAUGCAAAGUUGAACGACAACUUUCAAAUGCUUUUUUAAGAAAAGAGCCCAUAGAUUUUUAUUGUAAAUAUUUAUAUAGAAAUCCAAUUAUCAUAAAUUCUUUCCAAUCAACUUUUGAAAUGAAUUUUUUAUAAUACUACGAAAGAAAUAAUUGUAAAUGAAAAAAAAAUUUUUUUUCUAGAUUUUUUU